AUGGCGUCGGGUCAGCGCCCCGACCCCGUCGGAUGGUAUGAGCCUCCGCUUUACGGCCGGACGCUCAGCAUCGCCAUCGCCUUCGUCUCCGGCUGCCUAAUUGCGUUUCUGCUAGCAAGCAAAGUGUUAGCCGUGAAGGACUGGCGGUUAUUACCAUAUACCAUGUGGGGGAUCUAUGUUAUCAUUACGAUUAUGAAUUUUGUCUUGCAUAUUGCGGAGUUUGACAAGGGACACUGUGUUAUUGGCCUACAGAAGCCCGUCAUCAUACCAUUGAUUUCAUUCGACGCCUUGGUCAACGUAUAUCUGACUCUGUCAUUCCUGGUCCCACUGACGAACUAUGUUACAGAGCAUGCAAUUUCAGAGGACACCGGCCAAUGUCAGACUGAGGAAGCUGGCCAAGAAGACGUUUAUCGGCUCUUGUUGCACGCUGGCGAGCAGCAUCACGUGAAUUUUAGGAACUUGACUGUUUUAAUGGCUCUCAAUGGAGAAGAGUCUUGGCUGUGCCUGAUGUGCUGCAACAGCGACAUACUCUUCUCCGCGAUUGUGAUGCACUGGCUCACUUCCUCGAACGAACACUCAGCCUCUAACAAGAAGCCCGCCUACGCAAACGCCUAUGCCAGACGCUCGCAACAGUCUGCCCCCGUGUCGAGAUCGGCAACGGAUGACACGGCGGCGGUGGCACAGCCUUUGAUGGUGGCAACAACUCCUACAAAAGUCGGGCCGGCGAUUGGGGAGACCAGCUGGAUGGGGGACCCAGAGAGUAACCGCAGCCAACCUUGUUGA